AUGGAAAGUGCUAAAAUUGGUGAAUAUAUGCGUUCAGGUUUUGACCUUGAUUCAUCAAAAUCAUUUAGUGUAGAUGAAAUUGAUGGUAAAGAAUUAUGGUUAAUUAAAAUACCAAAAGAUUUACCAUUCGAAUCAUUACCAAAUAAAUUACAAGUUUCAGAUAUUAAUAGAGUUUCAGUUAAAUCAAUUGAUGUAAAUAAAAAGAAAUAUACAAUUCAUCAAGAUGACACAAAAGAAAUUUCAACAUUAUUUAAUGUUUGGUCAAAGAAUGAUAAUGGUAAAAUGGCAUUAGGUAAACCAUUCACCAAAUUCAUCCAAAUUGACGAAAUUGUAGAAUUACCAAAAGAACAAAUUACACCAAAACCAACCCCAAAACCAAUUCAACAACACAAUAUCUUAAAGGGUGUUUACGAUCCACCAGGUUCAACUGGUUAUUUAAAUAAAAUUAAAGAAGAAGAAAAAAUAAAGAAUAAAAAUACAACCAAAAUAAAUACAGGUAAACAAGUUAAAAAAGAUGUUAAAAAAGAAGCUGAAAUUAAAAAAGAAUCCAAAGAUAAAAAAGAAAAAGAAAUAGAAAAGAAAAAGAAAAAACAAGAAUCAUCAUCAUCAUCAGAAGAGGAAUCAGAGGAGGAAGAAAAAGAUAAAAAGAAAAAGAAAUCAUCAAAAGACACCAAAAAAUCAUCAUCUAAAAAAUCAUCUAAAAAACAAGAAUCAUCAUCUGAAGACGAGUCAGAAUCUGAAGACGAGUCAUCUUCAUCAUCUGAAGAAGAAAAGAAAUCAUCCAAAAAAUCAUCAUCUAAAAAAUCAUCAUCAAAGAAAUCAUCAUCCAAAAAACAAGAUUCAUCCGACGAAGAAAAAUCAAGCAAAAAGAAAAAAGAUACAAAGAGAAAGAAAGAGGACUCUGAAACUGAACAAACUAAAAAGAAACAUAAAAAAUAA